CUUGAUUUUCUAAUUUAAUGUAGUGUCAUAAUUCCAGAUGUCUUUUCAACAAAUGAAUGUGAUGCUAACACAAAUGGCGAUCUCACAAGCACGACACGAAGACUUCAUGAAGAUAAUGAUGAUGAUGAUGAUGCAGAACAAUGGUAUGAUGCAGGGCCCUUGGAUGUCGCAGGGUCUUCCGAAGUCGCAGGGCUUUCCUAUGUUGCAAACCCUUCCUGCAUUGACGGGAGGUUAUUCUUUCAUGGAUAAUUUGAGUUCAACAUCAAAGCAAUCCAGUACACAAAAUCGUGGGAGGACCGGGUGCACGGAGUGUAAGGAGUGCUGCAAGGAGUAUGACUCUGGCCACCGGCGCCCGCUGAUGCUACCCAAGUGUGGACACACAUUUUGCAAGUCGUGCCUGAGGCAGAUUAACAACAGAGGUCGUCUGCGAUGUCCAAAGUGCGGCUCUGAACCUAAAGUGGAUGUAAACGACUUGCCAACAAACAUGUCCAUUCUGGAUAUGGUGAUCUAGGUAAGGGAACUUAAGUAUUCAUUAUCAGGUAAACAAGU